CGGCCCGGCCCUCCGAGCGGCCGCGGAGACUGCGCAGCGCGGGAGGCGGGAUCGCACGAAAUAAAAUCAGAAUGAGUUACACAGAAAAACCCGAUGAAAUCACGAAAGAUGAGUGGAUGGAAAAACUCAAUAACUUACAUGUGCAGCGAGCAGACAUGAAUCGCCUCAUCAUGAACUACCUGGUCACAGAGGGCUUUAAGGAAGCCGCAGAGAAGUUUCGAAUGGAGUCUGGGAUCGAGCCGAGUGUGGACCUAGAAACCCUCGACGAGCGGAUCAAAAUCCGUGAGAUGAUCCUGAAGGGGCAGAUUCAGGAGGCGAUCGCCUUGAUCAACAGCCUGCACCCGGAGCUGCUGGACACCAACCGCUACCUGUACUUCCACCUCCAGCAACAGCACCUGAUCGAGCUGAUCCGCCAGCGGGAGACGGAGGCGGCGCUGGAGUUUGCGCAGACGCAGCUGGCGGAGCAGGGGGAGGAGAGCAGGGAGUGCCUGACGGAGUUGGAGCGCACACUGGCCCUGCUGGCCUUCGACAACCCCGAGGACUCGCCCUUUGGAGACCUUCUGAAUAUGAUGCAGAGGCAGAAGGUAUGGAGCGAAGUGAACCAGGCUGUCCUAGAUUACGAGAAUCGUGAGUCAACACCCAAGCUGGCAAAAUUACUGAAACUACUCCUUUGGGCUCAGAAUGAGCUGGACCAGAAGAAAGUAAAGUACCCCAAAAUGACAGACCUCAGCAAAGGUGUCAUCGAGGAGCCCAAGUAGACCUGUGCGGGGACCCUGCAUGUCACUGCACAGGGCUCGCCGGAAUGUCCGGCUGUGACUGGGAAAUUUUUACUACAGUAGAGACUCUUUUUCCCCCUUUACUUUUUUUUGGACCUGGCACCUCUUUUAAAGGGAAAAUGGCCCUUGUAAGUGCUGGACAGCCUGCGGUGAAAGACCUUGUCCGGAAGCCUGGUGCUGGCCGCACGCGGCGCGUCCUGAAGGUGGUGGUGGCGCCUGGCACUCACAGUGUCCUGCUCCUGAAGGGCUCCCUGGCCUCUGCGCUGUCCUGUGAGGGGCACCAGUGACCCUCCCGGCCCCCCAGUCUACGAGAAGCACUGGUCAUUGUCCCGCUUGCUGAGAGCUUGUGGGCAGACGGCACGCGUCCUUCCUUCUCCCGUCUCCGCGUGCAGGCUGCCCUUCCCCGGUUUCCGCUCGUUUUUCAUAGCAAAGACUAUAAAUUUGUAAAUCCUAACUCAGAGACUUCUUGUGUGAGGGCAUCGACUUCGGUUUGUUUUCCUUCGGUCUGAGCUGUGUGGCUUUGGGGGACGUGUGUGAGUGGUGGGCUGUGUUUUUAAUUUUUCAAAUAUAUAUUUUGGUGCUGUGUGUGGUCAGAGACCUUCCUGGUGAAUCGGCGAGCCCUCUCUCUGGGCAGUUCUUUUGAAAAUAAAGGUUUCACUUUGAUUUCAAGAAUGAUC